UAUACCGCGCCGCUGAUAGCUUUUUACUCCAUCAAUGCGGUUGUGUGUCUUUCACGCUAGGCCGCAAAUCACUGGAAAAGUCGGCUACUAGUGGCGGUCAUUUCCCUGGGUUCUCACACCUUGGUCUUUAUAUGCUGUGAGGGUUCUGGAAUUGGAAGUGGAAAGGGGAAGGCCAGCGUUGGUUGUAGCGGUAGUACUAGUAGUAGCAUCCAUCUGGGGAGUGUACGCUCCAAAACCUCGGGUCAGAGACACCUCCUUAAUUGACUGCGUGACGACUGGACCCCUACCAACUACUCGUCUCUCUGAGCAUCUCUGAGACGGUGAUUAACCAGACCACUUCCUGCAUCGGCGAUCCGGCUCUACACAAUGAAUCCAGUUUAUUUAAUCAUCCAGCUCUGUUUAUUUCGAUGUGUUCUACUGGCACUUAGUGAUAAGUCGGAAGAAGACGAAUGUAAUGAUGGUAAACACACUUGCAGUGAGAACGCGGUUUGUACGCAGACGCAACGUUCCUUCCGGUGUGCCUGCAAAAACGGCUUCAACAGACAAGGCAACUCGUGUGUAGACGUAGACGAAUGCAGCAGUAAAAAUGGCGGCUGCGUUCACACAUGUACGAAUGUACCAGGGAGUUUUUACUGCGGCUGCUACACAGGCUUCCUUUUACAUCCUGAAGGAAAAGACUGUAUUGAUCAAGACGAGUGUGCAUCGGGUCAACAUGGCUGCCAACACGAAUGCAUCAACACCAUCGGCAGUUACCAGUGUACGUGUCCACGGAACCACUUUCUAAACGAGGAUGGACUCACCUGCUCAGAUCAUCCUGGUUGUGGGAAUCCAAGCUUAGGAUGUGGUCAUUAUUGCGUGGACAUCGCUAACGAUCUCUCCAUUUGCCAGUGCCGGCCUGGCUUCAUGCUUGGGGGCAAUAAAAAGAAUUGCAUCCCGAAAUGCUCCCAUGGUAACGGGGAAUGCCAGCAUAUAUGCGUAGACUCGCCAAUAGGCCCUCUCUGCAGCUGUCACGAGAAGUACAAUCUUCACACGGAUGGAAAGACAUGCGUAGUGGCGUACGUGGAUGUACAUGACUAUUCUCUAUCAGAAACAUGCGGCUUGAAUAAUGGUGGGUGUGAUCGAGUUUGUCUGGACACGCCCACUGGAGUCCGGUGUAGCUGCCCCGACGGAUUCGAACUGCAGACUGACGGGAGGACGUGCAGAGAUAUUGACGAAUGUGAGAUAAGCAAUGGGGGCUGCGAGUACAGAUGCACCAAUACCAUCGGUGACUUUGAGUGUAGCUGUCCUGGUGGUUACAAGCUGCUACGGGACGGCCAGUCUUGCAUUGAUUUAGAUGAGUGUGCUGUAAACGCUACUUGUGACCACACAUGUCUAAACUUCCCUGGAGGAUUUCACUGCUUAUGUGAUGCCGGGUACCAGGCAUAUGGAAUCACUCACUGUGGCGAUGUGGAUGAAUGUUCGAUCGAUGCCGGCGGUUGUCAACACACCUGUAGGAAUAUUCCUGGAUCCUACGUGUGUGAAUGCAGGCCUGGAUUCCGUCUACAUCACAACAAGAAAGACUGCAUUGCAGAGAGCUCCCGAUGCCUGCCACUGCGACCGCCGGCUAGAGUUGUCCUGUCCUGCAGCCGUAAUAGAGACGAAGAGACUUGUUCCCUAAGGUGUGAGUCUAAUUACCAUUUUACAUCAUCGGGUAGACUAGCCUACACAUACCGAUGCGGAGACAGUACGCACUAUCGGUGGACGGACGGAGUGAAUGCAACAGAGCUGCCGUCCCAGGAAGAAGAAACGCUGCCGAGCUGCUCUGCCUCCGUCAACGCCCCGACCUACCACCACAAAGCUCGGUUUACCUUUACGGUGGAGGACUGCCAGCUACGUCGGUUCAACCGCUCCGAAUCCGUGGUAACGGAUUUUCUAAGUAAGAAGUUAUCAGAAAUUGACGGAGAUGGAUGCAGUGGGUUGUGUGAGGUGAACUUUGUUAAUCUGACAUGCCAGAGUGACAGCAACCGCCGUGGGAAACGCCGCACACGAGUUCUUGGUAACUCACUCAUCACGGCCGACUUUGAGAUCGCCGUCAGACCGGAACCACCAACUUCCGAUUGCGAUGUGGAUUGUGUGACGGCCAAGACCAAAAAGAAAAUGAGGAAGACGAUAAACAGACUCAAGUAUGCCAUUAACCGGGAAAACUUAGUGGUGACCUUUAACGAGAACACAGAGUACCAGGUCACCAGGAGGUCAUUCCGAACGACCUCUGAAGUGGAGACGGCGUGCCAACCCGGCCAUCUCAUGGUUAAUAAUAAAUGUGUUGCUUGUAGCAUCGGGACUUACCACGACACGUUUACUUCUCACUGUGCCCCGUGUCCGCCUGGCACGUAUCAAGACGAAGAGGGCCAACUAGACUGUCACAAAUGCCCGCAAGUGGACAAUACCGGGAUUUCUGGUGGAUCUGAUAUAUCCCACUGUGGAGGACAAUGCAACCCUGGCGAGUAUUCCCUGGACGGGUUCUCUCCAUGUCAGCCAUGUCCUGUAGGCACAUACCAAGCUGAGGCCGGGAGGACGCAUUGUAUGUCAUGCGGGGGCGGUAUACAAACCCGAUCAUCCGGCUCAACGUCGUUUGCUGAUUGCCAAGCGAAGGAGAAAUGUCCGGCUGGUAGUUACUAUGAUGUGACUCGGCAUCGGUGCGCACUCUGUCGGUCGGGAACCUACCAGUCCAGCCCACUCAUGAACUACUGCGUCAAAUGCCCCGGAAAUACCACCACAGACGGCGACGGCACAACAAGUUCCUCAGAAUGCAAAGAUCGCAAGUGUGGUGGUGUAAUUGGAGACUACAUGGGUUACAUUGAGAGCCCAAACUACCCCGGUAACUACCCCGCCGGGAUGGAGUGCGUCUGGAAGGUGGCUGCUCCCAAGGGCCGUAAGAUCAUCGUGGUGGUGCCUGAAGUCUUCCUACCGGUCGAGGAUAACUGCGGGGAUCAGAUCGUCAUGAGGAAGACGAUUUCACCCCUGUCCAUGACAACAUUUGAAACCUGUAAAAAUGUUACCCGACCAAUUGCAUUUACCGCCCAGAGUAAAAAGCUGUGGAUUCAAUUCAAGUCAGAUGCGUUCAACUGUCACUCUGGGUUCCAGAUUCACUAUGCCACCUACGACGAAAACUAUGAAGAGCUAAUCAAGGACAUCGUUGGGGAUGGAAGAUUAUACGAGUCUGAUCACCACCAGGAAAUUUUAAAGGACAAGGAAAGACUGACUGCGUUACUGGAGGUGAUUGCUCACCCGGAGAUGUACUAUACAUAUAGCCAAGAGGAAUCCAUGAAUAUGCUACCACAUUCUUUCAUUAAACUCCUCCGGGGAAAAAUAGCUCGCUUCUUCUACCCCUGAUACCCUGUUUCAAAAUACUAUUGAUAUACCCCACCUCUUAUAAAAACUAUAUUUUUUUGUUCUUUUUGGUUUUCUUUGUUAUACUUUAAGUUCUACCCCCUUUCAAUCCUGAGUUUUUCUGUUAUUUAUUCAGGGUAUAACAACUAAUUGCAAUUCAACAUACAUGUACUAUUAGUACCCCACCACUUAUAAAAAAACUAUACUUCUAUCCCCUCUAUCGGUUUUCUUUGUUGAGUUAUACUUUAUGUUCUAUCCCCUUUCUGCCAUGAGUAUUCCGUUAUUUAUUUAGGGUAUAACAAUAAUGUGAUUUAAUAUACUAUUGAUACCCCACUUCUUAUAACAGCUGUAUUUGGUUCUACACCUUUCUAUCUGUUUUAUUUGUUAUUCUUUAUGUUCUACCCCCUUUCUACCAUGAGUAUUCCGUUAUUUAUUUAUGGUAUAACAUCAAAAUGAUAUUCCAGAUACUAUUGAUAGCCCACUUAUAACAGCUGUAUUAUAAUCUACCCCUUGCUAUCUGUUUUCUGUGUUAUACUUUAUGUUCUACCCCCUUUCUACCACGCAUGUUCCGUUAUUUAUUUAAGGUAUAACACCAAAAUGAUAUUCCAGAUUGAUAGCCCACUUCUUAUAACAGCUGUAUUAUAAUCUACCCCUUGCUAUCUGUUUGCUGUGUUAUACUUUAUGUUCUACCCCCUUUCUACCACGCAUAUUCCGUUAUUUAUAUAGGGUAUAGCAAACAAAUGUAAUUUAAGAUACUAUUGGUAGAUAUUUUUAUUUUCUGGCUACUAUCAUUUGUCUUUUGGACCCAGUAUAAUUUUUUCUGGAUACGCCUUAUUUUCUAUUCAUUAUUUCUUCUGCUAAUAAGGCUAGUAUCCUUGCUUUAUCCUUUGAAAAAUUAAUUAUUGUUAUUUGUUAUUAUUAUUAUUAUUUAAUAUUCGAGAGGUGGGGGUGGUAUUUUUCUGUCACUUUUUUAUUUUAUGUUUAUUUUAUUUUAUUAUUUGUACAUAGAUUCAGAAAAAUAAAUAAAGGUAUUAAGGUUCAAUGUAUUCCAUGAUUGUUUGAAAGGGGAAAAUACUUUGAGCAAAGUUUUAUAGGCACUGGACACCUUUGGUAAUUGUCAAAGACCAGUCUUCUCACCUGGUGUAUCUCAACAUAUCCAUAAAA